AUGGCCACUGCUGGAAAGAAUGUCGCUCCUCCAGUAGCAUCCGCUCCUCAGCCCCAGAAGCGUUGGUCCCGUCUGCGUGCCCUGAAGCGCGUUGUUCAGCUCGGAGCAGUCGGAGCCGUUGGAUAUGGUGCCUAUGACAUCUACAACAAGCGUCACCCUGCUGAGCAAAAACCCUUUGAUCCAACAAAGCGCACUAUUGUUCUUUUGGGAAGCGGUUGGGGUGCCAUUUCUUUCUUGAAGAGUCUGAACACGGACGACUACAAUGUGAUCGUCGUGUCGCCCCGCAACUAUUUCUUGUUCACGCCCUUGUUGCCCAGCUGCACUGUCGGAACGAUCGAACUUCGCUCGAUCAUGGAACCUCUUCGUUUUAUCACGCGUCACAAGAGCCGCAAUGUCAAGUUCUAUGAGAGUGAAUGUACCGAUAUUGAUCCCGAGAGCAAGACCAUCAGCAUCGCAGAUGUGUCAGAUAUCAAGGGGGCUGUAUCCAACACUACGAUCCCUUAUGACUACCUUGUGGUGGCCGUUGGUGCCGAUAACCAGACAUUCGGCAUGGCUGGUGUCAGGGAAUACGCCUGCUUCUUGAAGGAGGUCUGGGAUGCCCAAAAGAUUCGCACCCGUCUCAUGGACUGUGUCGAGUCUGCAGGAUUCGCUUCGCAGACGCCCGAGGAGGUCGAGCGCUUGCUGCACAUGGUUGUCGUUGGAGGAGGACCCACUGGUGUGGAGUACGCUGCAGAGUUGCACGAUUUCUUGAAGGAUGACCUCGAGGUCUGGUACCCCGAAUUGGCAGACAAGCUCAAGAUCACUCUGGUGGAGGCUCUGCCUAACGUCCUGCCCAUGUUCUCGUCUCAGCUGAUCCAGUACACCGAGAGUACAUUCAAGCAGAACAAGAUCGAGGUCCUGACAAAGACUAUGGUCAAGGAGGUCGCCGACAAGGAGAUUAAGGUCAUGGACGCCAACAAGAACAUGGUCUCGAUUCCAUACGGCCUGCUUGUUUGGGCCACUGGAAACUGCCCACGCCCAUUGGCCCGUAAGUUGAUGGCGCGUCUCAAGGAGGGCGGUCAGAACUCGCCCCGCGGAUUGCUCAUUGACGAGUACAUGCGCGUUAAGGGAGCUCAGGACAUGUACGCUAUUGGUGACUGCGCCUUCACCAAGUAUGCACCCACAGCCCAGGUCGCUACUCAGCAGGGCAAGUACUUGUCGAGGGUCUUUGAUGGUCUGGCUAGGAUAGAGGAGGGCCAAAACAAGAAGAUCCAUCCCUUUGAGUACACCCAUCAGGGAUCGCUUGCGUACAUUGGAUCGGACAGGGCCGUUGCCGACUUGCCCUUCCUGAACGGAAAUGUGUCUGUCGGAGGCGUUGCGACCUAUGUCUUCUGGCGCUCUGUCUACAUCUCCCACAUGUUCAGCUUCAGGAACAGGUUUUUGGUCAUUGGAGACUGGAUGAAAUCCAAGGUCUUUGGUCGCGAUGUCUCUCGCGAGUAA